ACAACCUUGUAUUAGUAACCAGCCAAUGAGCAGUAAAACUUAUUUACGUUCAGUAUCAGCGAACGUAAACUAAAAAAAGUAGUUAGUAGAAGUUUAGAAUUUUUCCUCUGCUUUCUGUUUUUUUCUUUCAUAGAAGAUUAGUAACGAUGCUUCGUUCGAUUUGGUCCAAACUAGCCCUAAGAGAGAUGUUAUUUGGUUCUAGAACCGUACAGUCUGCACCUAACAGAACAGUUCCAUUUGUUCCAUUACAUACACAGAUAUUGGACAGAAGUUUGGCUCUUAAAACAAGUAAGCCUCCAACUGACGAAAACAAAACAAAGACAAAUCGAUUAGCCAUUCUGUUUGCUUGGAUGUUAGCUAAAGGUCGCCAUAUUGACAACUAUAGUAAUUUAUAUCUUAAACAGGGAUUUGAUGUACUUACUGUCAACAUUUUGCCCCAAGAGCUAAUAUUUCCAACUACAGGAUCCCAGGUAGUAGCACAAAAAGUGCUUGACUAUCUUGAAUCCCAUCCAGAAUAUGAUAAAGUGAUUGUCCAUGCUUUUUCUGUUGGAGCUUACUUGUUUGGAGAAUGUAUGGAAAAAAUGAAAAAUGGUGGAGAAAAGUAUGUUCCAAUCAUGAAAAAGUUUUCUGGAAUAAUAUGUGACAGUGCUGUUGAUUAUUAUGGCAUUCCAGAAGGAUUAUCUAAAGCUGUAUUCAAAAAUCCUGUUGCCAUUGCUACCAUGGAACAGUCUCUCAAAUUAUAUAUGAGAUUGUUUUAUCAAAUUGCUACUAAACAUUAUAUUAAAUCAUCUGAAGCUUUUCAUGAUAAUUUUUUAACUUGUCCUGCACUGUUUGUAGCUUCUGAAGCUGAUCCUGUAGGAUCUAUAAAAGCACAAGAAAGUGUUGUUCAAAGCUGGAUACGUAGGGGAAUUGAUGUUCGUACUAAAUAUUUUGAGAAAUCUUUACAUGUAGGUCAUAUGCCUAAAUAUCCUGAAGAAUACACUGCAGUAGUUUAUGAUUUGUUAAAGAGAGCAGGACUUUAUGGAAAUCAAGUUUAAAAUAAUUAGUGUAUGUAAUCUUUACAAUUUCACUUCUCUAUAUAUAUUGAAUGAAAUAAUAAUUACUACUAUUUUAAAGUUAUCUUAUUAUAUCAGUUACUUUAUCAUUAAUAAAAGAUCAAAGUACAAAAGUCGAGUAUUGAACUUCAAGAGAAGAUAUUGUGAACAAUUCAUCAUUCUAUUUUUAGUUCCUAAAUGUUUAAAUUUUAAAUAUUUUCUAAGUUUUCCUUUUAUUUGUUUCUUUAAAAAAUAAGACUAUUUUUGUUUUGAAUUCUUUUCAAUAGUCUAAGCACAGUCUGAAAUAAGCUGAUAAGAGAGUCUAUAUAUAAAUAUAUCUCUAUCUUUAUNACCU